AUGGGGGAGCAGCUCAGCACGGCGAGCGCCCCGCCGGAGCCAGCCCCGGCCGCCGCCAGCCCCGAGCCGCCGCCACCGCCGCCGCCGCCUCCGGCCACGGGAGCUGAGCCGCCGCCCAUCGGGAGCGGAAGGGCAUCCAGGCCACGGCAAGAGGACGACGCCGAAGCUCCGCAGCCGCCGCUUGAUGAACCGCAAGGCCGGGAAGCGGGCAGCAGCAACGUCCGGGCUCCCUCGGAGGAGGGUCCAGGCUCGGAAGCGGGGAACAGCCACAGCCGCCGGCUUCCUUUGAGGCCGGUCUAUUGCACCGUCUACUGCGUGGAGAGCGACCGACGGCCCGGCGCCUCGCCUGCCUCUCCGCGCCCAGGAGAAGAGCCGCGUCCCGCCGCUGCCUCCCCGCCGACCUCUCUGCGAGGAGGAGGAGAAGGAAGAGGAGGGGGAGGAAAAGGCGGCGGCGGCAUCGAGGUCGACCUGUACCUUCUGCCCGAGCCUUUUUCCGGGCUGAUCUCCGGGGAUUUCGGGCCCUUGCUGGUGUUGACUUGCCGCGUGUGUCUGGAGGAGAAACCUCUCAAGCCCCUGCCCUGCUGUAAGAAGCCCGUCUGCGAGGAGUGCCUGAAGCUCUACCUCAGCUCCCAAGUGCAAGUGGGGCAAACAGAGAUCCCGUGUCCAAUAACAGAAUGUAACGAACAUCUCGAUGAAACAACCAUCCUCUUCAACUUGCCACAUGAUGACAUCAUCAAAUAUAAGUACUUCCUGGAACUUGGCCGUAUUGGCUCAAGCACCAAGCCAUGCCCUCAAUGCAAGCACUUUACAACCUUCAGGAAGAGAGGCCACAUUCCAACCCCUACCAAAAUGGAGAACAAGUACAAAAUCCAGUGCCCAACCUGCCAAUUUGUGUGGUGUUUUAAGUGCCACUCCCCCUGGCAUGAAGGUGUCAAUUGCAAAGAGUACAAAAGGGGAGACAAACUGUUACGUCACUGGGCCAAUGAAAUUGAACACGGGCAAAGAAAUGCUCAGAAGUGUCCAAAGUGCAAGAUCCAUAUCCAAAGAACAGAAGGGUGUGACCACAUGACUUGCUCACAGUGUAAUACUAAUUUCUGUUACCGCUGCGGGGAAAGAUACCGCCAACUCCGUUUCUUUGGAGAUCAUACAUCAAACCUCAGUAUAUUUGGAUGCAAAUAUCGCUACCUCCCUGAGAGACCACAUUUACGGAGAUUAGUGAGAGGCUCUGUCUGUGGUGGGAAGUUGCUUAUUGCACCACUCAUACUGGUUUUGGGACUGGUAAUAGGAGCCAUAGCUGUUAUUAUAGGUUUAUUUGUGUUUCCUAUCUAUUGCCUUUGUAAAAAGAAGAGGAAAAGGACACGAACAGAAAUGCCCUGGUACGAGUGAACGGAUAUAUAUCUGAACGGCGCUGGUCCUGCAAAGCUUAUGCAAAAUACAUGCAACACAGCAAUAUUGUGCUGGUUAACUGUCCUAAAGCCAGAGCCCUGACGGAGAAUUAGGGGAAAUCUGCCACAUUUCUUCUGUACAAUACACUAGUAAUGACAAGCCAGAACACUUCUCUUCUCUGGUGCCUCAGACAAAAUGCACAUCUACUGUUGAGCCAAUGAAAAGAACUUUUAAUUUGGCAACAUGUUUUUUUCCCCAGUUACUGACAUAAUUCUAGGCCUUGCAGGGGAAAUACCUAGAUA